AUGUGGCACGUCGCCGUGCUCCUAUUCGGCCUGCUGAGUGCAGCCUCCAAUGUCUCAGCACAGGCCUACUACUCAGGUAAUUUGGGUGGUGAUUUGGGAUGAUUUAUGAUCUGAUUAUGAUUUUAUGUUAAGUUUUUUGACCUUUCAAAUCUUCCGGAAUAGGGUGCAGAAGUCUAAAGGUUUUUUUGCGAUUUUGAAUUAUUUUCUGCCAAAGAACGGACAAUAAUUGGACUUGGCUUGUCACUUAGGGUCUCUACUCUUCCACUUCUUGUAACAGCAACGUCAAAAACAUUCCAUCGCCUGUUUCUAACAUGUUUUAUGUUAACUUGUUAUAGAAGGAGGACCCAGCCCGCAACAAGAGGCCCAAAGCUCGCUGGAAAAAAUCGUUGGGCAACUUCAGGCCCUUAGGGAAGCUGAACAAGCCCCCAUCGAUGAACAACAACAGGUCCCCUUUGGAUUGACAGAAGAAGGUGAGUUUUGUCGCUAAUUGCUUUUAGUAGUUCUUGCUUGUUAUUUGUGAAUUUGUCACGAAGUGAUCCAAGGAUUAACAUUACACUUUUUUCUCUGUAAAUCUUUUUAGGACUUCAGUUUAUGUAAGGAAAUUAGAGUCAAAUUUGUAAAAUACGUGUUUUUUCUUUUUGUAGUUACUUAUUGUAAUCACCAAAAAAAAUAUUUUUACAAAUUUUAUUCAUCCAUCAUUUGAUUAUGCAAUUUCUCACCCUUUGACAUGUCAGAAAAUUCUAGAUGCGGACCAUUCCCGGAAUUUAAUCCGUUUUUUGGAAUGCUUCGCCUGAGGCAUCCGACUGGCUCAUUAAGUCAAGAAUCUUUAUUUCGAGUCACUAACUCCCUUAUCAGACCCUUGCGUCAUUACCUGCCUUUUAUUGACGUUUUCUUCCCCUUUUCUUCUUCGAAACAUAAAUUUUUUAUGAUCCGACAAAAUGAUGGAAUGUGCAAACAGAAAAGAAUAUGUUCAGCUGGUACUAGGGGUCAACCUAAUAGCCUGGGUACAUAAACAUGGGUUGCUCCGGAUCAGAGGACCACAAAUUACCAAAAAAUUGGUCAUGACGCAUCAGUUUAGACAAGAAAAUGAGUAGAAUAUGAGGAUUUAGAAAUUCAGCAACUCUCUAUGCCAUGAAUAAUGUAAAAUUCAUCUUGCAGGUGAAUAUGCGGACAAUGCCGACACCCUCCGACGUCUCUCCCAAUUCCUAAACCCCCAACAACAAUAUGAUGAGCCCUCUUACGAUUACCAGCAACAAUUCCAGGGCUUGGCUCAAGAUAAUCAGCCUCAGGAAGUCUCCCAAGAACUCCAACCUCAGCCGGUGGAAGAAGAACCAGUUGAAGCUCAGAAGGAAGAGCAACUGCCAGUGGAAGAGAAGCAGGAAAAGGCUCCAUUGACGGCCCAGAAGAAGGGUCAAUUCGAAUUCGUGGAGUUCGUGGAGCCUCAUGCCAAGAUCCUGAAGGACGGCCAGAUUCUGGAUAAGAGAGCCCCGGCUGUCGAAGUUCAGAGGCCCUCAGGCUUCUUCCGGAUCUUCGGAAACUCCAGCAAUGUCGUUUUCAUUGGUAAGUCAGGUUUUGCAAAAUAACUUUUUUUUGUUUUUGUCAUCAUUGCACCGUGCGAAAAACUACUUUUUUAUUGCACAGUGCAAAAUUCUUUAUUUUUUCACUGCGUUUUUCAAGCUUCUGUACGGUGCUAAAAAAUUUUUUUUUGAACAAUGCGAAGAUGUUCUUGUUAUACGUUGGAAUCAUAUUUUUCUCUUAUCCAUUCUCCAUCCAUUUCGGUAAUUUGUUAAAUAUAAAAUCAUAUUGUUUUCGACCUGAAGUGCAUGUUGACAUCCAAAUUGAAUAUUCUGGAUCCUUUUUUUCUAAUCAGCUUUCUCAGAUAGUACAAAUUUUAUAGAAAAUUUCGCAAGCUUAGUAAAUCUCUCAAAAAACAGUAAUGGUUGUCAAAAAAACAAGCAAUUUUCAUUAUCUUUGACAACGAAAUACAUCAAAAUUACUACACUCGUGAAAUUUUGCGUGGUCAUGUGCAAUCUUACUUCCUUUAUUUGUUUGGAAAUACUUCAAAAACUCACAACGACAAUUUACUAUCAGAAAUUAAGAUACAAAAAAUUACACUUUGAGGUGUAAAAGGUCGUGACCUUAGUUGAUAUUUCCUAUGUGUAAUAAUUACCAGUGGGUAAAUUUAAACGUUCUGAUCCUUUAAUUCUCACGGGGUUUCCCGUCCUUUUCACGUCUAUUACCCAUUCAUCCCACAUAUUUUUGGUCAAAAAUAGAAACAAAUUGAGUUUCGGAGGGGAACGGAAGCGGCCUGAGUGUCCCCGAUUAUUCGAUUACUCUCAAUCUAAUCUCUCUCAUCUCUGAUUGACCCUCUCCUUGCAUCAACAUACGUAAAUUCACAUCUUUGUGUGUUGUUUUACAUCUAGAUGUAAAGAUUUUGUCUAGUCUUUAAGCUCUCGAAUCUCGUCUGUUAAUGACGUAAUUCUAUGUAGUAGCAGUUGCUUUAAAUUCCUUGAAACUUCUUAAAAAACGUAAUUUAAAAAAUUUGUUUCAAUCACCGCAUUAUGCGAAAAUUUUUGAAAUUCGAUUGCACUGUGCACAGUGCAAAAACAAAAUUUUAAAUUAGAUUGUCUUCUUUCUGUGGCGAAUAUUUAUGCAUGAGUCUUCUGAUUAAUUAGACAAAGGCGUGACAGGGAUACAUUUCUAACAAGACCGGGUUUCAUUUCGAAGACCAACGCUAGCUAGUGUAGGAUGAUAGCCAAGAAUAAUACAUUUCCAUUCUAAACUAUCAUCUGUCGGCUUACUAAGAAUCAUACACCAACAAUCCCUCCGAAAACAGGAUUUAAAUACUAAUAUUUGAAUAUUUCCUCUUGAAACUACAAGUAACUUCGUAUGAAUGUCUGAAAUCUUUUUUAUAAUAUUUUCGUUCUCGGAACCCCCAUAGCAUUUAAAUAAUAGGCGCAUGGCCUUUCAGAGAAAAUUAGAUGAACAUUCAGAGAACAUCCAGAUCUAUUCCAUGGGCUUUUUCUUCACAAUAACCCAAUUAAAUUACCGUAACCAACUCAAUUGGGAUGACAUUUAGACAUGAUUAUACAUUUUUAUCACUUCUAUGUAGAGACGUUGAUGUCUCGUCUUUAUGUCUGUCAAUUUCAACAUAUAAGAACAGUUAAUCGCCCUUAAUAUCAGAGCUCUAAUAACCCCCUAACGUUUCGUAUUUUAGCUGUUGCUACCGUCGUCUGUGUAGGCUCGGUGGUUGGCGUGGUCGGUGGUGCGUACUACUUCAACACGUAAGUCUCGUUUUACAAAUGAAGGGACUAUAAGGCAAUGCGACACCAACUAUAAUAAAUUUGCGUGGGGAACGUAACGAAAACGAAAGAUCUCACGUGACUUUGGGACAAUACUAUUAUAGCAUAGGAAGGUCUGGGAAAAUUGAACAAAAAGUGCCGUUUUUGGAAGUAGAAUUGCAGAAAAUAGAUUUAAAUGGAAAUAAUACAUUUUUUGCUAUCUUAAAAUACAAAAACAGAGUAAUUGGUUUGUUUGGCCACUUGAAAUCAUCAAUUUACCUUAUUUUAGUGUCCGAAAACAACGCGCCGAAGCCUUCGAUGACUUCACCCGCUAUUCUCCGGCCGGCCCUGGCCGUGAUAUGCUGCGCAAGGGAAAAGGCUUUGCCGGGUCACCCGUAGCUGAGUCGGGCGACGAGUCUUUGGCCUACAAAGCCCAAUUACAUCAUUAUCAACAGACCAAACAGAAGAUCAUUGGGGAUGAGGGACUCAACGACGAUCACUCGGAUAAGAGCGACGACGAGAACGACGACUUGGAGGAGCACAACUUCAGCGUCUACGAGUGCCCCGGUCUUGCCCCCACCGGAGAUAUCGAGGUCCAGAACCCGAACUUCAGCCAGAAUCCAUGA